CGGCUCGUGUGAUUUUGUGUUUUAGAUAAUCUAUUCAAAUUAUUGUGUUUUGUUGUAGUGUUUCAAGACUUAGUAUGCGUUUUAGAAUAUAUUUUUUAGUUGUCUAUGGAUUUAUUGAGAUCUAUGCAUAUACGAUGCCUGAAAUCGUACUUGACUUAAAACAUACCGGAUUUCAGAUAUCAGUUCCUGAUAAAGCUGGAAUAACAGAGGUUGUGUAUGUUAUUGAAAUAAAUGAUAUAUGUUCAACAAUAAUGGACUAUUUAAGUAAACCUCAAGAUAACAUGUGGUCGGCUCGUCAGCAAAACAUAACUCUCAAUAAUCACGACCGUGUUUCCGUUACCUUAAUGAUUGUCCAUAAUGACAGCAUAUAUUUGAAUACAGAAAAUUUUCGAAUAGAAAAUAGUAAACCCAAAAAAGUGAUCACAUCCAAUAUUAAAAAAAAUAGCAUUGAAGAUUUUAUUCCGGAAUGCGUGACAGCUCAUACUAACAAUCAAAACUGCCGAAAACCGCAGACUACUUCGACUACCGCAAUAGUUAAUUGCAUAGAUGACUUAAUAUUUGAAGAAAAUUUUGACAACACAGAUGAAGUUAACCUCUCUCGUUGGAGUUACGAUAUAUACAAUAAGAACAGUGAUAAUCGUAGUGUAGAAUUCGUGCUCUUCGAUAACUCAAAAAAGAACUGUUUCGUUAGUGAUGGUUGUUUAAACAUCGUGCCAACUGUAACCGAGAAAAUACGUGCCCAACCAAUUGAUCUAAGAAAAAAAUGUACGAGCAAUUUUAGAGAUGCCUGCUAUAUCAAUACCGAAAUAAUAAACGUAUUUUAUCCUGCUAUUAAUUCAUCACAAAUCAAUACGAAGAAUUUUUUUACUUUUAAAUAUGGACGCAUUGAUAUAAGGGCGAAAUUGCCGAUUGGAGAUUGGUUACUUCCAUAUAUAAUGCUGAAACCAGCAUACCCAUAUGAAGAUGAAAAUUCACAAAUUAGAAUAGCGUUUGCGCGAGGUAAUCAGAAUUUAUUAGACGAUUGCAAGUCAGGUAUUGACGGCAAGCAUUUAUAUGCUGGAAUAGUAUAUUGGAAAAACCAAAAACGUACAGAAAAUUUUAUGGAAUUUCUAGGUGAAAAUCACUUCGGUGAAAAUUUUCACAAUUACUCAAUAUCAUGGACGACUGAGAGUAUAUCUAUGUCUGUAGAUGGAAAGCAAUACGGAAUAAUCAAUGAAGGACUAGAGUAUUUCACUGGCGAGGUCUACAUUUCAAUUGGACUAUCUGCCGGUGGCUGGGAAGAAUACAGAAAAUCUGAAGAGUUAAUUUGGGGUCGGGAAGAUUCCAGAGCAAAUUAUCAUUUUUGGAACAAACGAGACGAAUGGAUCCCCUCCUGGAAGGAUAACGGUUCUAUGAAAAUUGAUUAUGUUAGAGUGUAUGCCAUAUAAAAAGAUAUUUUUUCUUGAUCUAACUAAUACUAUUGCAUGAGAUAAAAAAUAUCGAAAUAAAAAAUGUUUAAAAAGUUAUAUAUUUUUCAAACUUAUCCAACCGAUAUAUUCUUUAGAUAUAAUAAUCAAGAAAAUCGUUUUUAAAAUUAAAUCAAAUAAAUGCUCAUUAUUAUUUGUAGUUAGCUAAAAUUAUUUAUUAUUAUUAAUAAGUAGUUUAUAUUAAUUAGUAAGUAAAGAAGUAUAAGAGUAGAAUAGAAAAAUAGAAAUUGGACUUUCUGGAUUUAUUGAAAUGUGUAUUUUCUAUAUAUAUACACGCGGUUUAAUUUGUAAAAAAUUUCUGUUGAAAUAUCUCAAUAUCUCAAAAGUAGUUUAUUUAAAUAGUUGAAUAGCAAAUUUAUCUGGCUAUAUGAGUAGUACUUACUUCUCUCUCGAAUAUUUCUUUUAUAUUAACUGACUUCAUGGGAAGAAGUCUAAUUGACUUCUUGGAAAAAAAA